AUGCUCGCCUUCCGGCACCCCAGCAAGGACGGCACCGUCCUGUUUCUCGACUGCGAGGGAGGCGGCAACAACAACCAGACCGCCAUUCCCUUCGUCGUGGCUCUCGCCGCGCGCCUGGCCAAUCGGAUCUACGUCUUUGAGCGCGGAUGCUUCACCACCGCCGGACUGGAUGUCGUCAUGCAAAUCAUGAACAUGGGAUACGUCACAACCACCCACGCCGUCGAGAUUCCCCGAUCGCUCGUCCUGGUCGAGAACAUGUCCAUCAACCAGGAGAUUGAAGAAGAGGAGCUUCUUGAGGAUCUGCUCUGUGAGGAAGAGGGCGACGAGAUCACCAACCGGGUCCGCCAGCUCAUCAAGGAACGGUUCGAUGUGGAGUUUCAAAAGAUCCCCUUCCACACCCUGGGCGUUCCGACGAUGCACCAACAGGCGAUUGAGGUCAUGGGCGACGUGCUGGCCGACCGUCUCGCCCCCAUUGCCCUUGGCAACGUGCCUAUGGAUGGCAAGAUGAUUGCCCACCUUGUCAAUGAGCUGCUUGCCCAGGUCCGGAACGGCGGAACUCGAUUCAACAUGACCACCGUCACCGAGGCCAUGGUCGCCAACAUGGCCACAGACGCCGCCAACACUAUCUGGGAGGGCUUUGUAUCGCGACUGCGACGCACGGGCAACCACCCCAGCCAGAUCAACGGUCGCAAGCCGCUGCCACAGAUCAUGCAGGAGGUCGAAUCGGCCGCCAACACGGCCAUUGACGAGCUCGAGGGCUUUGUCAACCGCCUGGUUCCCUCCGAGCCGGCCGUUGUCGCCAAGACCAUCUGGGAGCGCAACUACCAGCACCUGGAGAGCAGCAUCCAAGCCACAUACCGCCAAAAGCUGCACGAACGGUCGCAGGAAAAGACCUGGUUCGAGCACAUCACUGCGAUCGUCAACGAGCUCGUUCAGCAAAUCGUCGAUCUCGUCUGGCAGAUCUUCCGCAUGCUGCAGACCAGCAUCCGCGUGAUUUCCUUCAGCAACCGCUUGCUGCUGGGAGGAAGCGGGCUGCUGUCCUCGAUCUCGGCCUCGGCUGCCCCGGCUCGCAGCAACGGCGGUCUGUUUGGAGCCCUGACCCAGGCGGCAGGCUUCCGGCUCGGAGCGCCGUCGAUGUUCUCGCUGUGA